AUCGAGCUCAAAUCAGAGGAUCGUGGUGACCCUAGUAAAGUGGAGGCGAUCUUGGAGACCGGUUUAAAUAUCGAGUUCUUGAAGUGUGGUGUAACCAUCAUUGACUCCCCUGGAAGAAAUGAAAAUAAAGCGCUGGACAACUUGGUAAAAAAGCAGCUGGAAAAUCCCCAGGCGUUUGUUAUUUACGUGGUGGAUGGACAUGAUCUCUUUACUGAGCAGGUAAGGUUUUUGUUGUUAACACGAUCGCUUCCUCGAUUGGUUACAAUUAGUAUUUCUGGGCUGCAUUAAGAUCGAAACUAUAUUAAGUGCCAUGUUUUGUGAGUCACUUGGACUGUGUCCUUUAAAUAUUGAGUCAUGA